UAGGAGUGGCACCUUAGUAUUAUACAGGCACUGUAGCAGAAGAGUGCAGAUCUGUCCGUUCAGUUACCUCUUCAAAAAGACUUUGCAGAAUGGCAUCAACCACUGCGGCACCUGUGUAUGGGGAUACCUCUGUACUACCAUCAGGACUGAAAACUGCAUAUUCUUUCCCUGACUUACUAAUGAUACUUGAAUUUAUAUUUGGUGGCCUAGUAUGGAUUUUGGUCGCUUCUACAACAUUGCCUAACACUGCACUAGUUCAAGGAUGGGUCAUGUUCGUUUCUGUCACUUGUUUUGUAUUUACAACUAUUCUUAUGCUGCUGUACUGCAUAGGAGUCCACGGGGGAAAGCCAUCAUGGGCAACUGUGGAUGCCUUUUAUCACUUUACUGCUGCACUGUUCUACCUGAGUGCAUCAGUGCUGCAGGCCUACGCGACAAUAGCUUUGCGAGGGACUGGAAAGGUUUAUCAAGAGAACAUUGCUGCAGUGGUGUUUGCCUAUCUUGCUACCCUGGUUUAUGUGAUUCACGCAGUGGCCUCCCUAUUGAGAUGGAAGAAACUCGCUUAAGUCAAAACUCUUUAACAAUGCAAGAGAUCUGGGAAACAUACAAUGCAUUACAUGCUGUGUUUUUUUAUUUUAUUUGAUGUAAAAAGUACUGCUGAUACAGGUUGUAACAUUCACUGAUAUGUAUUUAAAAUGUAUAUAUGUACCAUAAGCAACUUUAUAUUGUACUUCACAUUUCCUGUUCAGGAACCCUCUAUAUAGCAGCAUAAUGUAGUGGGACAUAAUCAAAGCAUCAUCAAAUGAAGCAUAUCAUUUUAAAGGAACAUUUAACUGCACAUUGUAAAUUUUAGAUAUGAACCAUAAGGAAAAUACUUCAGUGUUAUGUUGUACACAACGACCUCCUCACUCUACUUAAAAGAGCUGAAGCUCCUCCCACGCAGUCAACUCAGGCUUUCUUUUUACCCAGCUGCCCCUGCGCAUGCAUACAUCUAUACACAUAAUUUGCUUUACAUUUUCUGUCAAGCUGCCACUCCAUAAUGUAGAAUUGUGUACCAAGUAUAUGUCAAGUAUAUGUCAAGAUGCACAUUCAAUUACAAUUCUUGUCUCUACUUAUGUGAAAACUAGAUACCAUCAUGCACUUGAUCAUCACUCAGCAUGGAAAGUCCCUGAUCUAUCCAACUCCUUCUAAACCGAGUAGCAGUAGUCACUUUGGCCAUUCACUGCAGAAUAAGUGUAAAAGUAGAUCUGUGACAUCACAAGAGUAUUUGGACAAUUGCAAUUUUGAAUGUUUUAUAAAUGACCCUUAGGGUCUGUGGUGUUUGAGAAGUGUAUCCUGCAUAUCCAUACUUGCUUGCUCCCUUGGAAUGUCUGGGACACUCUCAAAGUUUGAGGAGCUCUCCUGGACCAUGAGGGCUGUAGAAAGGAUUCCCAGGUCUCGGUAAUGAAAGGGAACAUGGCCUAAUUGCAGAGUGUAGGAAAUACUUUUUAUACGACCUGCAGCGGGGGCGCUGUGUGCCGCUCAGCCAGGGUCAGAUCCAGUAAGGGGGUGCGAUCAGCAACAAGUGACAUUUAUCUUGUUAUUUGUAUGAUCAUUUGAAGCUUUUCACAGAUACCAUACAUUGAUACUAGAGUUUACUAUGGAAAGAAAAGUAAUAAAUAGAGAAAUAUAAAAUGUGUUAAAGUUCUACAGAUUAAGCAAAUUUUAGUUAUGUAAAUGCUGCAGUUGAGCAUCUGCCGCAAUGCAGAUAACACCGCCCACCUACGGUCACGCAAUUCAGAGCAGUCUCUUCGGGAAGCUGGCUAUUGCGCUGUUCUAACAUUUUCUCCAUCUUUAGUUGACCUCUUAUCUAUUUUUUGUAUACCAAAAAAAUAUAUGUGUGCUACAUGUUUUUCAAUAAUUAAACACCCUUUCACUGCUUCCAUCUUUCUUGCUUUCA